UCGAAUGGUUUGUUCGAGUAACACGCGCUCUCAGUUCGUAGUUCCAACUUCCAAUAGUGGUAUUUAGGUCCCUCGAAUUUCAAGGUUUCACACAGAAACGAGAGAGAGAGAGAGAGAGUGUGUCUCGAAUAUGCAGCAGAGAAAAUCUACAAUUGGGAAUGGAAGACCAUCUGGUACGGACGGCUCUGAUUUCUCCUACCGCAUGGUUGUUGACUCCAGGUACACAAAGGUAGCUAAAGGGAAAUCGAGACUCUCCAAACUCAUCUUAGCUCAGGCUAUCGUAGAACUGGUAGGAGUGCUGACCAUGGUUCUAUCGAUAUUAAAGGAGGAGAUUGUUGAUAGACUUGCUGUUUCAUCCGUAAUCAUUGGUUUUGUUUCACUCAUAAUAGGAGAAUUAGGACGAAGGCGCAGCCGAAUAAACUUUUUGAAGUGUUACAUGUUUGCAUCAUCUAUAGCAAUACUGCUCUCAAUUGCUAUUGUCCUUGGGUCUAAAUUCUCGUUAGAGGUUUUUCAAGAUAUGAGUGGCUGGGAAACAAAGAAGUUUGAGCUCUUUAGGAGCGCUAGUGUUGUGGUUGGAUUGAUGAUACAGAUAUAUGCAAUCAAAACAACAGUGUCUCUUAUUCAUAACAUGUCUCCUCCUAAGAGAGCUUCUUGAUGGCUUGCUGUUAGAUUACAUGUCUCAUUGGCGAAAGAUCACUUACUUUUCUUCCUUUUUUUCCGGUUUUCUUAUUUUGUUCCAUUUCAUUUUGCAUGAGAAAAUUUCAUAAACGAAUAACAAUUUGUUGAUCCUUCAAUAUAGUUUCUUUAAAUUCA